AUGGUACAAAUCAUCCUCGUAGUAUUUGGCACACGGCGAAAACGCGAUCCAAGGAUUCUGAUCAAGUUUGCUGUUUGGUCAGCAUACUUGUCAGCAGAUUGGGUGGCAACUGUUGCCCUGGGCAACCUGGCAAGCAUCCAAGAAGACAAUAACAAUAAUGUCACUAAAGCAAAUAACAUACUCCAAGCAUUUUGGGCGCCGUUUCUGCUCAUAAACCUCGGUGGUCCAGAUAGUAUCACGGCUUACUCUUUAGAAGACAAUGAGUUGUGGUCAAGGCACUUUCUCAGUCUUGUUGUUCAAGUUGGAGUUGCAGUUUACGUCUCCUUCCGGUCUUGGAGCUUUACAGCCCUUACAUUUUUAUCCAUUCCGGUAUUCGUUACUGGAAUUGUCAAGUAUGGAGAAAGGACUUAUGCGCUCAGGUCUGCAAGCUCCCAGCAGUUUAAGGAGGCCUUGCUUUCUGCUAAUCCAAUUGCAGAAAAUGCUUUGAUGAGAAUGGAAACCGAAGGUUUCGAGAGAAAAAUACAGAUCGAGAAUAUCCGGAAGUUCCGAGCCGGACAUUCAGAAAGAAAAGAACUUCAGCAUUAUCUUGACGCUCAUUUUUUGUUCAAGAGAUUGGAGUAUCUCUUCUCAAACUUACUUCUCGGCCUCAGUGAACGGGCGGAUUGCUACAACAUCAUUCACAGCAAGUCAGCUAGAGAUGCCUUCACGUUGGUGGCAAUUGAGCUCGGUUUUAUGUAUGAUGUGCUGUACACAAAGGCCUCCUUUGUUUAUUCUCGAUUGGGGAUUCUUCUCCGCUGCAUCAGUUUCCUUUCUUGUCUUGCUGCAUUCAUUCUCUUCAGAAUUUUGAUUGAUUUGCGUGAUUAUCCUGAUCUAAAUGACGUCUCGAUUACUUACACUCUUCUGGCCGGGGUUGUUUUUCUUGAGCUUUACUCGUCUGUUAAACUUGUUUUCUCUGAUUGGACAAAACUCUGGCUGAUCAAGAACCAAAAACCACUCACUAAGCGAAUUCUUGAGGCUAUCUUUUAUAUUGAAUCACGUUUGAUCCAUCGAAAGGCGUGGACUGAAUCACAGGCACAGGAGUUACUUCCGAUCAAUACAAAGAGAUCGUCUGAAUCCACAGCACAGGAGUCAGUUUUGAUCUAUCGAAAGAGGUGGUCGGAAUCCAUGGCACAGUACAACUUGAUAAGUUUUUGCCUUAAAGAGAUGCAAGCAAAAGGCCUGUUUGCUGAUUUUCAGAAAUUGCCUUACAUCAGACAAUUUUUUCAAGAGUACAACCAUUUGAAUUGGGAAAAGAUCGAUGAUGAUUUGCGAGAAGCAAUCUUCGGGCAGAUAAAAGAAAAGGCUGAAAAAAUGAAAGACAGCUAUACUAUAAAUUCCUGCAAGGAAUUUUUGGCUCAGAGAGGUGAUUACGUGCUUGAAGAAAAGUAUGAGCUUGAAGAAUUCAAGUGGAGCACAGUUGAUUUAGAUUUUGAUCACAGCCUUCUGAUUUGGCAUAUUGCUACUACUGUUUGUUACGAAGUUGACUUUCCUGAGAAACCUGCAGAACCUCAGAAAUCUGGAGGUGCUGAGAAACCUGGAGAUGCUGAGGGAAGUAGAGAAGCUCAGAAACCUGCAGAUCCUCAGAAAUCUGGAGGUGCUGAGAAACCUGGAGAUGCAAAGGAAGGUCACCAAGUGGGCAAAAUUAGCAAAUGCUUAUCAAAUUACAUGAUGUAUCUUCUAGUCUUAUGUCCAUUUAUGAUGCCGAAAGGGAUUGGUGAGAUAAGAUAUAGAGAUACAUGUGCCCAUGUGAAGCAAUUUUUCGAAAAAGACAAUCAGAAAGAGAGUGCCUCCAUGGAUGUUAUUAGCAGAAAGUUGCUUGAAAUGGUGUAUAGAAGGUCCAUAAGUCAAUCGGUGCUAUCUGAUGGAUGCAAGCUAGCUAAAAAAUUGAAUUCGUUGGAAUCUGAAAAACAUUGGAAAUGUGAAGAUAAAUGGAGGAUGAUAAGUGAAGUGUGGAUUGAAAUGUUAACAUAUGCUGCAAAUAGCUGUGGAUGGAAAGAUCAUGCUCAACAGCUUUGGAAAGGAGGAGAGUUGGUCACUCAUGUUUGGCUUCUCAUGGCUCAUUUGGGUUUAAGUGAACAAUACAAUGAAAAGGAAAGAUUCAUGGUAUAA